AGAGAAAACAUGUGGUACAUAUUUACCUGUGGAUAACGUUUUGGUUCUUCGUCAUAUGGUGGAAAUCUGCUGGUGGAGAAAGAGAAGACUUCUUCUGGAAUAUUUUCACUGGUGGAAAAGACUGUCUUUCCCUCAUAAUAUGAAGCCCAUUGAGAAAAGCUGGUUGUUUCUACUGCUGCCUUUGUUACUAAGAGUUGUACGCUCCUCCUUUAUUAGUGUCAACCUUGGGGUGAAAGUGAUGAAGGGACAGUCUGUCUUUCUGUCAGAAGAUGACCUCAAGUUUUCCAUCCCCAGAGAGAAGGAUGCCUGCAAAGUAGAAGUUGUGAUCAAUGAGCCAAUAACACAGAGGGUUGGGAAACUAACUCCACAGGUUUUUGAUUGUCACUUCCUUCCUAAUGAAGUCAAAUACACCCACAAUGGCUGUCCCAUUUUAGAUGAAGAUGCAGUCAUGCUCAGGCUGUACAGGUUUACAGAAACUGAAACGUUUGUAGAGACAUUCAGCCUUCGUGUGCAGUUGCUUGAGCCAGACUGUAACAUCAUCAAAAUGCGUUCACGUGCCCUGGAGGUCCCUGAGUAUUAUGGUCUAUCUAGGGCAAUUGACAAGAACAUCCUCACUUUUGACUAUGACAGGAAGAUAAAUCUGGAUUGCACCAUUUCCAUAGCCUCUUCGGAAACCCACCUGCCUGCUCAUGGGCAGCUCAUCGCUGGGGAAGUGCAGCAAGAGCAGCUCCAUGGGGAUCAGCCACAGAGCUUCUUCCCUGGCCCUAGUAUGAAUUGCUUUAGUUUUUUGUAUUAGCAGAUUCAAAGACAGUGCAGAAAUGGGAGCUGCACACUGGGAUUGGGAGUCAUUCACAAUACAAAAAUGAGCUGUGAAGAAUUUCUGCGGAUGGGGAUUCGAUAUCAGCAUCUUGACCCUCCCUCACCUGACACUGACUAUAUUCCUGUGAGAUUGGAUCUCACAGACACCAGGAGCAAAACUCUGCAUAAGACUGAGCAUGCAUGGCUUCCCGUUCAGAUUAAAGGCGCUGUUCCCAAUCAAAUACCCAAAGCUGUCCCAAUGGCAAAGUUGAUCUUGGAAGUGGACCAAUUUAUUUUAACCACCAUUACAACCACAACGGUUGAUGCUGAAGACAGUGAAACUCCAAAGUCCCUACUUGUAUUCAACAUCACCAAGCCACCUCCAUGGGGCUUCAUCACUCAUCUAUCUGACCACACAAAACCUGUUGGCUCCUUCACAUGGAAAGAUCUCAGUGACAUGCUCAUUGCUUAUCAGCCUCCAAAUGUCAGCCACACAGAGAGGAGGAAUUAUGAGGUGGAGUUUGAGGUUCACGACUUCUACUUUGAAAGGAGUUUACCGAUUACUGUGCAUCUUUCCAUCAGAACAACAGAUACAAAUGCUCCUCGGGUUUCAUGGAACACAGGCCUCAACCUCUUGGAAGGACAAUCCAGACCGAUCACAUGGCAACACUUCCAAAUUGUAGACAAUGAUGACAUCCAGAGUGUUCGCUUGGUCACAGUUGAUGGCUUACAGCAUGGGCGGCUCACAGUGAGAGGAGGGAAAGGAUUCAUGUUCACAGUCUCUGACAUUCAGGCUGGAGUGGUUCACUACCAUCAUGAUGACAGUGAUUCUACUAAAGAUUUUGUGGUAUUUAGGAUUUUUGAUGGGUCCCACAGUAUUCGCCAUAAGUUUCCUAUCAAUAUCCUCCCUAAAGAUGACAGCCCUCCAUUUCUUAUCAGCAAUGUGGUCAUAGAAGUUCAUGAGGGACAGACGAUCCUGAUUCAGGGCUCUAUGCUUCACGCAUCUGACAUGGAUUCCAGUGAUGAUUACAUACUAUUCAAUAUUACCAAGCCACCACAGGCUGGAGAAAUCAUGAAGAAACCAGGACCAAACCUGAUAGGGUAUUCUGUCAGCAGCUUUCUUCAGAAGGAUAUAUUUAAUGGAAUAAUGUAUUAUCAUCACUUGGGAGGAGAAGUAUUUGAAGACUCCCUUGAGUUUGUGCUGUGUGAUAGCCAUGAUCCCCCCAAUCUCUCAGAUCCACAGGUGAUGAUGGUGCACAUAAUCCCUGUGGACAAUCAGCUACCCAGAGAAGCCCCAGGCGUGACCCGUCACCUGAUUGUUAAGGAGACUGAGAUUGCUCACCUAACUAAGAAACAUCUCCACUUCUUAGACGUGGAAGAUCAGGACAGGGAACUCACAUACACUAUAACCACUCCCCCAUUUUUCUCUUGCACACACGGCCACUCAGAUGCUGGGAAGUUGUUUAUGGUGGACACCAUCCCCAAACUGGUCAAGGACCCUGCUGCUCUUGCACUGCGGUCCUUUGCUCAGCAUGCUGUGAACUAUAUGAAAGUUGCUUACAUGCCACCACUGCAGGACAUCGGGCCUGAACCUCAGCACGUCCAGUUUAUUUUUUCUGUCAGCAAUCAGCAUGGUGGCACUUUGCAUGGGAUAUGCUUCAAUAUUACAAUUCUUCCUGUGGACAAUCAAGCCCCAGAGGUUUAUACAAGCCAGUUAAGAGUGGAAGAGGGUGGCCUGAGCCCUGUCACAGAGGAACACAUUCUCAUUUCUGAUGUGGACACAAAACAGGAACAUCUCCUCCUCCUCCUGCAGAGACAGCCUCAGCAUGGGAUGUUGGAACUGGAUGGCAUUCCCAUCAAUGAAGGCGACAGACUUUCCUGUGGGGAUCUGCGUACCCUGGCAGUCAGUUACCAGCACGAUGGCUCUGAGACUCUCACUGAUGAUAUCCUCUUUGCAGCCACAGAUGGCAUCCACUUUGUAGAGUUCAUUCUGCAGGUCAAGGUGUUGCCUGUGAAUGAUGAGCCACCUGUUAUACAGACAGGCCUUGUUCCUGUGCUCCACUGCCUGGAGGGUGAAGAAGUGGUCCUCUCCUCAGCAUACAUCUAUGCCACAGAUGCAGACAGUGAUGAGAUGAAACUGAUGUUUACUCUGGCUAACCAGCCCUAUCAUGGGCUGGUGAGGAAAGCUGGCAUUACUGUGGAUCGUUUCUCCCAAGCUGAUGUAAUCUCUGGUUUAGUCACAUAUAAGCACACCAGUGGGGAGAUAGGCCUAACUCCUUCCACUGAGAUCUUAACCUUCAUUGUCUCUGACAGUGAGGCUGGCAUAAAUGUGAAAGACUGCUGUUAUGAUGGACCUCUUUUUCCUCCUCUUCAAGAUCCAUUUCCAGUAUAUGAUCUUAACAUCACUGUACUCCCAGUGGACAACCAGCCUCCAUCAAUUGCAACUGGUGCAAGGUUUGUGGUGGACGAGGGCUCCUCAGCAGCCCUUACCACAAACCAUUUGCUUGCCACUGACCCUGACACCACUGCAGAUGACUUAGAGUUUGUCUUGGUUUCUCCUCCCCAGUUUGGUUACAUUGAAAAUAUACUGCCUUCUCCUGGGUUUGAGAAGAGCAACAUGGGUAUAAGUAUAGCUUCAUUUCAGCUGAAGCACCUGAAAGCUCUGAGCAUAAACUAUGUACAAGCCAGGCAUGAGCAAAUGGAACCAACAGCAGACCACUUUGUACUUUAUGUCACUGAUGGGCUGCAUCGCUCCUCAGAGACUCCAUUGUAUGUGCGGAUCAACCCAACCAAUGACGAAGUCCCAGAAUUCAUAGCAGGAAAUAUUACUGUUCAAGAAGGGGAGAUGAAAGAGCUGGAUCUUUCUAUUAUCAAUGCAGUUGAUCUGGAUGUGCCUCAAGACCAUUUGGUAUUUGGGGUUGUGCAGAGGCCCCAGUAUGGGUUCCUUAUUAAUGGAGUUCAUGGCAAUGAUAUUCUAUACUACAAACAGUUAAUUAACAAUGACCACCACAGCCAUGAGUUGCUUGUUCACGAGUUUUCCGUGGAGCUGCUGAAGAAUGGAAUGAAGCUGAUGUACAUGCAUGACAAUUCGGAAAACCUCACUGACAGCUUUAGAAUCCAGUUAUCAGAUGGGAAACAUAAAGUCAUCAGAACCAUUUCAGUAAAGGUCAUUCCAGUUAAUGAUGAGAAACCAGUGCUGAGCAAAAAGGAUGAUAUAGAGGUGAACAUGGGUGAAACUCGAAUAAUUUCCAGUGCUGUUCUGUCAGCAGAAGAUAAAGACACCCCCAGGGAGAGAAUUUAUUAUAUAUUUGAAAGACUUCCAGAAAACGGUCAGCUUCAGCUCAAGGUAGGCCAAGGCUGGAUAAGUCUCCAAACUGGAAUGAAGUGCAGUCAGGAAGACCUGGAUAUGAACCUUGUGAGAUAUGUCCAUAUGGGAACUGUAGGCUCAAAGAACCAAGACAGCUUGACAUUUUAUCUGUGGGAUGGGUACAACAGGUCCCCAGGUGUGGAGUUCUACAUAAAUAUCAAGGACAUGGAAAAGGGAGACAUUGCUGUUUUUAUAAAGCCUCUUACAGUGCCAAAAGGGGAUCAGGGCUACAUUACAACCGACGUCCUCCUUGCACUGGAUGGUACUGACAAGCCAGAAGAGCUCCUGUAUGUGAUAACCUCCCCACCCCAGUAUGGACAAAUAGAGUAUGUCAGAUAUCCUGGCAUCCCCAUUACAAGCUUCAGUCAAAUGGAUGUAGUAAGACAGAUAGUCUGCUAUGUUCACCAUACAAAAGCAGUUGCUCCUGAAGAUACAUUCAGAUUCAUCAUCAGCAAUGGACAGAGGACUAAGCAUGGGACAUUCAUGAUCUCCUUGAAGGCGGUCGACCAAGCUUUGCCCACACUGUCUAGGAACAUGGGGUUAAAAUUAGUGGAAGGCACUAUGGCAUUCCUUUCUCCUGACCUCUUGCAGCUUUCAGACCCAGACACUGCCAAAGAAAACCUUACCUUCCUCUUGGCUCAGCUGCCCCAAUAUGGUCAUCUCUAUUACCAAGGGGUUGUGCUACUGCAGUACAAUUUCACACAGCAAGAUGUGGACAACAGAGAUGUUGCAUACAAGCACCGAGGUGGGGAUUCCCAGACUGACAGAUUUACAUUUGUGGCAACAGAUAGGACAAAUCAAGGAUUCAUCGUGAAGGGGAGGGUGCAGAGUGAGCCAGUGGCAUUCACCAUUCAGGUGGAUCAUUUGGACAAAAUGGCACCAAAAAUUAUUCAUCUCCAUUGCUCUUCUGAUGUGGAACUGCUGAAGAAUGGCAAUUACGGGAUCUAUAUUACUGCCAGAUCCCUGAGGGCAUCUGACCCCAGUACAGAGGAUGACAAAAUAAUUUUCAAGAUUUUACGAGGUCCUCGUUAUGGCUACCUGGAAAACAUAACAACAGGUGGAUUUAUUCAGGAAAGGUUUAGCCAGAAAGAUUUAAACAGCAAAAUCAUACUUUAUGUCAUCAACCCAUUGUGGGAAGUGAAUGCAGACAACUUGGAGUUUCAAGUCACAGACACCAGUGGGAACUCAGCAGCGCCCCAAAGGCUGGAGCUACGGUGGUCUCGGAUUGAAAUGCAACAGACUGAAUAUGAAGUGUGUGAGACCGUGGGAGUGGUGUCUCUGAAAAUCACCAGGGCUGGACACUCUGCAGAGUCUGCCUUUGUGGCUGUGAAGGUGAAUGAAAUAUCUGCUGUUCUGGGACAGGACUUUACAGUAACUCCUUCCAAGCUUGUUCAGUUUGAUCCAGGAAUGUCAACCAAGACAUGGAAUAUAGCAAUUACCUAUGACGGAUUAGAGGAAGAUGAUGAAGUCUUUGAAGUAGUUCUGAACUCCCCUGUGAAUGCUGUUCUUGGCACCCAGACAAAAGCUGUAGUGAAAAUUUUGGACUCAAAAGGAGGUCAGUGCAGCUAUUCCCAUUCUUCUGGCCAAAGCAAGCAUGACUACUGGGGGAAAGGCACACUGUUUCCAGUUUCCUCGGGCUCCUCAUCACCUCCCAGGCCUGGCAGUGCUUCCUUGGAAAGGGUCCCACUGCCUCCUUCCAAAAGGAUAAGAGAGAAUGGAGGGGACCCACAGCAGGAACACAGCUUGGUGAAUCAGAGAAGGACCAGGCUGAGAGUGACUGGAAAUGGCAGAAUAGUUCAUCCUUCAUCUGUAUUUAGAAAUGGAACUGAUGUGGUUUUCAAAUAUCACGGGAUGGUAUCACUCAAUAUAGAGGAUGACACCUCAUCAGCUAAAGCAAACAAGAAAGCUCAAGUGUCAGUAAUUAACCAAGCACAGCCACAGAUAAAUGUCAUCUCCUCUAGGAGCACAGAAAUCCCACAAGCUGAUAAGGCAGAACUAGCAUCUGGACCAAGCUCAAGACAUCAGGACUUCUACUCUUUCCCAAAGGCCUGUACAGAAGAUUUAAAGGGGCUCUUGCAUUAUGAAGAAAGCACUCAAAAGUUAUUUCAGUGUGAUGGGAUAAUGUGGAAAUUCUGGAAUUCCCAAAGCAAGGAGGUAAGCACGAAGAAAUGUCCCUCUGGAUGGAGCCGUCAUGAGGGCAGCUGCUACUUGCUGGUAGUGAAUCACAAGGUCACCUGGAACACUGCUGCUCGGGCUUGCAGAGAACAAUACCUUGGGACUCUAGCAAGUGUGGCUAAUGAACAAAACAUGCAGUGGCUGUGGGACUUCAGUGGGAGAAGGCCUUUUUGGAUAGGCUUGAAUGACCAAGUCAAUCCUGGACACUGGGAGUGGAACGGAGGAGAACCUGUAACCUACAUAAACUGGAGGAGAGGCUCCUACCGCUCUCCAAAGAAAGGAAGAAAUUGUGUAUUGGUGCAGAAGCAAGGAAAAUGGCAAGCAACUGACUGCAGGAAGGUCAAACGGAAGAGCUAUAUAUGUUCAAGAAAGCUGUAAAGAACAGACGAUCCUUGUAAAAGCAUGCAGACAUUCAUGUUGUUUCAGCUUUAUUUACCUUCAGAAAUAUGAGGGCAUGCAGUCAGAAAACUGUGUUAAUUAUCAGCAGGAUUCAUUUUGUAUGCUAACAGUGGCACAGAUGCAUGGAACUGUAACCCAAGGAACAGAAGUCAGUUGCAGAGAUUAAGUCCAGGCUAAGAUUUUGAACUCUUCCCAAAGACUUGGAUCUGUCACUUACUUUUAUGUAUUUCUACACCAAAGAGCUAGACCUGAAGACUUUCAUCACAUUUCUGUGUAAAAAUACUUUCUUUUUUUAAGAAGAGAAAGUAGCACAUUGGUUAAUGUGCCUUGCUCUUCAGGUUGUGAAUUGGCUGUUUCUUUAAUUCAUCUGCAGAAAAUAACGCAGUUUUACCCAAAGGCAGGAAGACUGCUUGGGGUGGAAGCGAGAGCAGACUCUGCUGGAUAAAAACAGGCCCUUUUGGGUGAUGGAGAGGAGGAACAUUAUGUUGGGAGAUUGGGGCUUCUUGGGGGUACUCUACUACAAUUUCUCACAAAAAUACCAACACCAGGAUUUAGUGAAAGAGUACCAACAGAAGUAAAGCCUUGUAUUUUUUUUUCUGCCUCCCAAGUUCAACUACAGAUCCUAACGGAUCUGCUAACACAGAGCUGCAUAUUGUUUCACAUUGCUACUGAAAGUUGUUCAACAUUUUCUGGAGUUGCAGGAUGAUGUUAUAAUUUUUAGUGUAAUUAAAUAACGGGACCUCUGUAAAUCUAAUUAUAUAUCCAACGAUGAUUUACACAAAAAAAUUAAUACUGAAGCUUAAUCCUAGAAUAUUAUCUUCAGUGAUACAUGAACAUCUAUAGGAUUUAUAUGUGUGUAUAAAUCAAUGUAAUUGUGAGACAUAUUUUGUACUACAGCAUCUAUAGCUUUUGAGAAGUAUUAAUCUAAGUCCUUAUUAGGGAUUUGGGGUUUUUAAAAUAAUAAUUAAAAAUCCAGAUUUAGUUCUGAGAAAAGCUUAAAAAUCAAAAUGUAAUUGGAAAAAUCCAGCUGCUCAUAACUUAAUUUUAACUUACUUCAAAUACACGCAGUCACAGUGUUAUAAUUUCCUAACAUCAGACCUGUCAAAAAUCUUGCUUGAGGACAUUCUCACUGCCAGCCCUAAAAAUCAGAAAAAUAAACAAGUUACAGUCUUCAUAAAAAAAUAAUCAAAUCUCCUCUCAAGCCCUCCCUCUGCAUGCAAUGAGUGUGUGACUGUUGCCAUGGCACUGAGUAGGGCAAGUUUGCCCUGCACCUCAAAGACUCACAACUCCCAUCUGCCUGCCUGCUGCCAGCAGUUGAUUCUUCCCUUGCCCCCUAUCAGCCUGUCUAUUUGGUCAGACUCUGGAUCAACCACAUCUGUACGCUCUUUGCACCAGAGAUGCAAACCCUCCUCCUCGGGUUCCUCAUCACAAUGCCCAAGUCUUGCAAUGGAAAGAUGCAGCAUAAUCACCUUUCCUCUCUGGGCUGAGGGACACUGUGUCUGGGAUUAUUUAUACCUCUUCCUUGCUUUUGGCAUCAUAGGUUAUUUAUCCUUCCUCCUUGCCUGCGACAUUAUUAAAUGAAUAUGCAUGUGAGUAGCUGGACAGUUUUUUUAUAUAGCAGAGAACCUUUCUGAAAGGGCUCCCACAGAAAAGCAUGAGUGCAUUGUAAAUUGGAAAAAUACUGUGGACAGAACCUCCUGACCAUUAUUGUUGGCAUCAACAGACACAGAUAAAAAUAUUUCUAAGAUUUACUUUUUCUUGGUAAUCUAUACGCCAAGCUUCUAGACACCUUUGAAAGACUCUUAACACUUUUGCUUAGGGAGUCUUCUAGAUCAAUACAGAUAGACAAAUUGCUUCAAAUUCUCUCACAUAAGUAUCCCUGAGUACCUAUAUAGGCCUGUUUUUACUUCUGAUAGUCUUCACUGCAAAAAAAAAAAAGGGAUAUAAGAAAGCACUUUUGCUGUUGUGGUCUGGAAUUCCAGGGAAAACUGACUGAGAGAACUGGUUACACAAACAUAACCUUUGAUUUCUUUAGGGUCUUCUUUUUAUAGAAACUGCUGAGUUUAUUGGUGCUCUCUUGACAAAGCCUGUCAAGAUAAUUUAAGUAUCUGUCCUAAUUAUUCAAUAAAUUAAUGAUUUAAAUAGAGAGGGAAUUUUAACCAAGGUGCUUACUAGUUGAUCAGUAACUAAUAAAUGACUCAUGGCUACUCUGAGACAACACUGAUCUCAGAGGUUGGCUAUUGUGAGAAGGGAGGAUUUCCCUUUUCUGUAUUUUAUUGAACCACUUUAAAGUGAUUGAAGAGAAUGAAGGUUUUAGUACAUAAUAGACAGUUGCACAAACUGUAUGAGCUUACUGGUUUCAUUGUAUCUAAUACAAUACACUAAUGAGACUAAAAUUCUUACAUUGCAGUACAAGGAUAUUUCUGCCCUGAAAGGCUACAGAUUUUUUUUUUCUCUCAAUACAACAAACUGUCCAAAAUAUUUAUUCAUAAAUUCUAAUUUUUCAAGUCUUAAAAAUAGAGUUGUUUUUUUUUUUCACAAACUUUUACAGCUUUUAUUAUAAUAGCAGAGUACAAACAAUACAACAUACUUGAAUCAGGGAAAGCACAAAUAAAUCAGUUUUUCUGCUGCCUGAAAAGUUGUUGUCUCUAAGAGGUUUAGUAAAGGAAGGGCCUAAAAUCCUGAGAAGUUAUUGGGAAUAUUUUCAGUCUUCAGUACUUUUGAUUUAGGCUCCAAGUAAACUCAGAGGAAAAUCGUUCAGCAGAUCAGCAGAAGAAUUUCAAGAGGCUGAAAGUAAGAACAAUGUAAAUUCUGGCAUUCACCUAUGAAUGCCACACUUUUAGGAUAAAAAAAGGAUUUAUUUCAUCAGAGCUGUCCAUAUGUCUUUUAAGAGCAACAGAACCAAGACACAACAGCUCAGUGAACUCAGCAGUUAGCCCAGAUCUCUAUAAAGGGAUAGACAACAUGAGAUCUUUGUGUGCCUGUCACUUUUAAUCACCUUCUCUGUCAAGUAUCUUUAAAUGUGUUGAGCUAUUUCAAACAAAUUUGACCGAGAAGUAGUUGAUUCAAACACAAAGGUUAUGAAAAAUAUGGAUAGGCAACUGGCCACAGGAGCACUUCUUCCAAACCAGAAUACUCUAAAACAUUUGUAUUGUUAUUAAUGACUUCAUUGAGACUGGGUUUUUUAUCUGAAAAAAAAAAAAAAUCAGGAAAGUUUUCCAUAUCUAUUUUGUACACACUGAAACUUACUGAAAACCUUCAACUCUUUAUUCACUCAUCCUAAAACUUUUAAAAUAACUUUUAAUUAUAUAUAUAAUUCAGUGAAUAUUGUGAUUCUACAUUAUUUUCAUCACAACUGGUGCUAUUGUAACUCUUGUAUUCAGAACAGUAUGUUAUGUUUAACUUUGUUAUGUGUAUUAAUACAAAAGUGAAACACAUUAUGCUGAA